CACCACACCAAAAACUCAAACCAUAACCAAAUAUAUUCUUAUUAGUUAACUUAAUUAAGCGAUGGGUGGCAAGUUUGUUGGGAGUGUUAUGAUUUGUGUAGUUGUAACGGUUUCCAUUAUCGGAGGGACAAUGGCGGCGGGGGUUCCGGGGAAGCCUUGGUCGUUUGGUUUCAAUAACAGCCAUAAUUGGUGGUCCAGAUUUGGAAACAAAACACAGCAAGAAGCGAAGACCAUUAUCGUUGGUGGCUCCCAGCAUUGGCAGUUUGGAUUUAACUACUCUGAUUGGGCCAUCAAGAAUGCGCCCUUUUACCUGAACGAUACCUUAGUAUUCAAGUACGAAGCUCCAAAUACGACGAACCCUUUCCAACACAGCGUGUACUUGUUUCCGAAUUUGUGGAGCUUCAUGAAGUGCGAUAUUAAGAAGGCGAAGAGGGUGGCUAAAGCAACGCAAGGAGGAGGAGAGGGAUUCAAGUUCGUGUUGAACAAGUGGCAGCCUUACUACUUUGCUUGCGGUGAGAAAAAUGGCUUCCAUUGCAACAAUGGUCUCAUGAAGUUCGCUGUUUUCCCAAUGAUUCGCCCAUUCUGGUCUUCUCCGUGAUUAUCAAAUUCUUACCUUAUUAUCUUCAACAUGCAUUAACUUAAAUAAAGCGAGUUUAACUUAUUCUUGCAUUGUGGUCUAUUUUAGAUUUUAUAUAUUUGUUAUGUGAUUCUCAUGACCAAGAUAUGUGUACUAGUGGUAUUGAUGAGAAGCUUGCUUGUAAUAAUAAAAACAAGAGAUUUGCAAUUUUGAA